ACCUCCGCUACAGCUGACACCGCCCGCCCUAGCUCGACCGCCUUCCAAAAUCCUCAGCUCCGGCCAGCCACCUCCGCCGCACCUAACCAAGCCAAACCCUGCGGCACCGUUGUGGCAUACCCUCAAACACCUCGCGUGCCCCCCGCCGCCGCUUCGUCCUCCGCGCCGCCGCAGCGUUCCGGCCGCGAUGGGUAAGCCGAGCGAUCGCGCUGCAUCCGCGCUGCGCAGGGAGGCGGAGGCGGCGCUGAGGCUCCAGGUCGAGGGCCACCACGAGGAGGCGAUCGCGCUCGCCGACGGUCUCGCGGCCAGGCACGAGGGAUCGGCUCUCGUGCUCCACCUCGCUGGCCUCCUCCACCACGCCGUCUCCAGGCGGACCGAUCAGGAGGCCACGGCGCAGCACCACGUCCGCGCCGCGCUGGGUUACCUCGCCAGGGCCAAGCGGCUCGUCCCCAACUGCGUCUCCAUCUCCGACCACCUCGCGAGGGCGCUCUUCAUGGCCGCGAAGGCCGACGAGGCGGAGAACGAGGCGCGCGAGGCCGUCGACAUGGCCUCCCCCGUCGACCCGGCGGACAACAACGUCGCGUACGCCGUCGGUGGUGGGUUGCGCUCCACCAGGGACCAGAGGGUGCUGAGCUGCAGGCUUGCGGCUCUCGACACGCUCACAUCCAUCCAGCACUGGAGACUUCACCACCUCGUCACGGACGUUCUCGACCUCCACGACGCCGCCGACGACGGCCAUCGCCACCACGGUGCGCGCGCGCGCGAGGCGGUCAAGAAGGCCAAAGACCUCGCCAAGCGUUACCCCUGCUCGGCGCGCGCGCAGCUACUGAGCGCGCACACGCAGCUUCUGCGACUGCGCGCCCUUGACCCCGACAUGGACAGGAGGCCCAUUCUCAGCCAUAUCCGCCUAGCCGUGAAAGAAACAAUCGCAGACACCUUCGGUGGCUCGCUAAUGCUCGCCAUGUUCCACGCCAAGCUCUGUUUCGUCCUGGGUCUGUACGAGGCUUCGCACUUGGAGUGCGCCCGGGCGUUUGCCAUACCGGAGCCGGCUGACCCCAUGUGGGAGGACGUCCCUCCCCAUUCCGUCCAAGGAGACACGUUCGAUGACAGAGUACUUUCUGUGGACGAGGAGCUCGGACGCUUGCUCGACAAGCUCUUCUUGGUGGCCCAUGAUUUCCGGUGCUCAAUGACAAGCGAGAAGCAGAGCGGCUUCGUAUCAGUGAGACUCCUUGACCUGCAAGAGUACUAUGGUAAAGAGUACGAAGGCUACCAGUGGGCUGCACGGACCAUAUCUGAUGCACUCAGCUUUGCCAACAACAACAGGUCAUGGAGGUUUUGGAUUUGUCCCUUUUGUGCUGGCAUCAAGUUGCCGAAUCCAGAGUCCCUCUUGGAACACAUGAACUGCAAGCAUAUGCGCAAGCUUCGGUCAGUCUUUGGUUCGAAGCUCAGUGAAUACGUAAUCCUGGACGAUUCUUUGGAUGAGAUAACCGUCUACCAAGAUUCAGAGGGCCACCACUGCCUCCGAUUCAAUAACACGGAAUAUGUAUUUGCACGCUUGUCUGUUCCGACUCAAGAAAUGUCGAUUGCUGGAAUUCUAGAGAAGAAAUGCGAGCGAGGAAAGGAGAUCCUAGAAGAGAUCAAGCACAAGUUGAAGCGCUUAGCUGCAAAUAAAUUAAGCGCUGAGUUUGAUAAGGCUCGUCCUGAAAUCCAAGACUUGUGGCAUGCUUUUGUCAGGACCUCUUUCUUGGAUUAUCGAAUAGUCAUCAAGACCUUUGCAAAACCAUUCAUAUGGACUAAGUUAUUACAAUCUUUGAGUGAAGACAAAGCUGCCAGUAAGAUUUGCAAUGCUGAUAUUGAUGUGAUAUUUCCUAAUGUUGUCGAUGCAUGUGAGGUUCAUGCUGAAGAUAAUGUGGGAAAAUCGGAUGUCCAAAGUGUCGCAACUGUUCUAAGAUAUCUGCCCAGCAUCACAAAUGAGAAUAGUGCAUCAAACCUAUUAGGGUCUUGUAGCCAAUAUUCUGAGGAAACAACAAGCAUUUCCAUUUAUCGAAAGAGUAUCGAAGUUAUCGACAAAGAUACUGAUGGCAUCUUUAUCUUGAAUUUCAUCAUUCAGAUAUUAUGGAAUUGGAGGGGUUUCAGAGAUGAAUUUCUUAAGAGACAACCUGUGUGCUCCCUGCCGAGCCAUGAAGGCCCCUGCAUUAGUCAAAUGUUAUACGAUAUCUUCUCUGGUUGGCAGAAAAAUGAUCACCACAACACUUAUUCACUGAUUUCUCUCAGGGAUAAAAUAUGCGAAGUUUUAAAUGAUAGCACUUUAUUUCAAAAUGUUAAAGUAAAUACAUCUUAUUACAUUAUAACCACCAUUCUUAAAGCAUUGCGAAUGCCGCAAGUGUUUCUGGAAGUCAACUCUCCUGUUGAGAGAAAGAAUUUUGAGACGUUGCGACAGCCAGCCAAUCAAGCAAAGGUGCUGUGCAAUAAAGAUAUAAUCUGUGAGGGGUUUGGCAUAAAAGAAUCUACUACAUGUGGGGAUAAAAUUGAUGCAGAUUCACUUCAAAUAGCAGAGGUCAAGUCAUUUGCAGAUGACAAAUGCAGGCAAGUUGAUCCGCUUUCUGUUAGCACGCCAGAGCUCUCUACACUAGCCUUAUACAUCUUACUGGGUGAAAGGGAAAACCAGCGCACCUUCCGCGAAGUGAUAAAUCGCAUGAUAUAUGAGCCUGACCUCGUCUUAUUUCGUCGUCAAUAUACAACUCCAGACACAGUAAAGUGUACCUUAGCCUCAAUGGUAUGUGCAUAGAAGGCUUUCGGUUCUACAGAAUUAAAUUGUAGAUAGAACUGACCACUUAAUGUUUUUCCUUAAAUGAUGAUGUUAAGGUUUUCUGAUGAAGGUGAACAAUGAGGUAUUCUGUAUUAUUGAUUGAUAUAAAUUGCGCUGAGAGUUACACAGCAAAUUUACCUGUUUGGUGUGUUACUGUUUCUUGACUGGUGUUGGAUGCUACUUUCGUUUAAGGUGCACCCGCAUAUGUUAAAUCCCUCAAUACAUGCUGGAAUAAUACAAUAUAUAUGAUAAAGAUAUUGUAUUAAAAAAGUUGGAGUUGCUCUGAAGUCUGAAUCGAGGGUUUUUCUGAGAUCCUAUGUAGCAAGGUUACAGGAGGUGGAUUCAAGGUUCUUAAAGCUACCGUUGUCUGAGUUGGUCUCAUACUACAAUAUAUUUUGGGAAGUUUUCUAGCUGCAAUUCCUUUUUUGGUCAAGUUAUGAAUCUUAGUUGGCUGCGAACUGUCAAAUGGUUUAUAUGUGACACUUAGGAUGCACUUGUAAUUGUAAUACACUGGGGAUGAUUGCAAGACAGAAUUUGUGCGGUAAUCAAGCAUAUGUAUUGGGCAGUAACGGCAACAACAGAACUGAAACUAAUUGAGUGAUCAUUGGAGAAGUACUGCGUGGCUAGAUCUUCUAUCAUGAAGGGAAGCUUCUUAGCAUUGCUCGAGACCAGAAAAAGUGGCUCGUAUUCGUAUAUAACGAUGUUGUGGCUACCGAGUUUAAUUCCUGGGAGGAUUUGCUACAUGGUUAUGGAGACCAUGAGAUACAAUCUGGAGUGUUCUUUUUCGAGAACAUCAAGAUCAUCAAUUAGACAGGACUUAUCCCCUGUUUCUGCAUAAAGACGCCAUCCGCAACUUUUUGGCUCCAGUGGUGUGGGACCAACAUCUGAGGAGAAAAGCAGUUGAGAUCCCACCUUCUUUAGCAAACUUAGUGGUACUCGUGGUUUGGCCGGUAAUAUGAGAAUAUGGCGUUGAACCUGAAUUAAAUGGCGAUCUUUAUGCAGAUAGUUCUUGUUGAUUCGGUGUAUAUGAUGAUCCUGUUGGUUUGGUUUGGUUCGGUCAUUCGGUGUAUAUAUGAUGAUCCUGUUGGU